UAUCGAUCACAUCUUGCAAGAUUUCAGCCGACAACCCACCUUAACAAUUUCCCUUUUCCUGGGUUACAAAAGAAAAUACUAAAGAAAUCUUUUAUUUUGGAUGACUCAUAGCUGACUCAUGCAACAAUUAUGUUCAAGAUUCAACAACUCCCCAUAACUCCCUAUUUAUAAUACGUGAAAUAAUGGCUUUCAACCAUCAUUAACAAGAAACUUCUUUCUUACUUAACUGAAAAACACAGCAACCCUUCCAAUGACGAACCUAUUGACAGAUAAUGUGAUUGCAAUUCCCAUUAAUGCAGAGACAUUCUCAUUUCAAAGGCAGCCAAAAAGACUUAUGUUACAUCCUGUUUGUCAAGACCAUGUUUCUUCUAAUACAAAGCAAAGAAAUUCAGUUAUCUGCAAGAUGAACAAACUUGGAGAAAGGAUGGAUUGUCUUGCACAAGGCAUCCGUGAACAUGUGAGGCUAAGCCCAAAGCUGACAGAAACUGUGAAGGGUAAAUUGAGCCUUGGUGCGAAAAUUCUUCAAGUAGGAGGAUUGGAGAGAAUUUUCAAGAAGUUGUUUAGCGUUAAAGAUGAUGAAAAGCUACUCAAGGUUUCUCAAUGCUAUUUAUCAACUACAUCAGGACCAAUGGCAGGCCUUCUCUUCCUAUCUACAGAUAAGGUAGCAUUCUGCAGUGAGAGAUCAGUAAAGAUUUCAUCUCCAACUGGAAAGUUGCUUAGAAUCUGUUACAAGGUUAUGAUCCCAAUGAGCAAGAUAUAUAAAGCCAAAGAGAGCGAGAAUAUCCGAAAGCCAUCACGGAAGUACAUUCAGAUAGUCACAGAGGACAAUUUUGAGUUCUGGUUUAUGGGAUUCCUCAAUCAUCAAAAGACAUUGAAUUAUCUCCACCAGGCUAUCUCAGGAUCUCAAGCAUGCUAACGAAAGGGGAAAAAAAAAAAAAGAGUUCCUUUCUCUUUCUGUUUUCUGAUACCUAACAUUAUCAAUGUACAAAUGUUGAUUCAAAAUUGAACAGUCAUAUAUCUGUAUAGUUUAUUCACAAAAGCUCAACUGUCUCAGAGAAAAGAUUUUAGUUUUGCUUUAACAGUCAUGGGGUAUAUUAACGGAAAGGAAUUUUGAACCGACUUGCUCAAUAUGAUGCAACGAGGUAUAAAAUAACUACUUCACAAUGCUUUGUGGA